AUGCAAUGUUCCUGGAAGGCUGUGAUUCUAUUGGCCUUGGCAUCUAUAGCAAUCCAGUACACAGCGAUAAGAACAUUCACAACCCGGCCCUUCCAGAUUUGUCCUGUGCCAAACACUUUGAAUUGUGGCAUGGGGCAGGAUGCGGAACCUUUUGAUCGGAUUUGUGACGACUUUCCCUAUUUUACAUACAACGUCUCCAAGAAGACUCACAUCCUCAUCCUUGCCACCACCCGUAGUGGCUCAUCCUUUGUUGGACAGUUGUUUAACCAGCACUCUGAGGUCUUCUAUCUAUUUGAGCCUCUCUAUCAUGUUCAGACCACCCUGAUCCCUCGGUUUUCUCACAGCAGGAAUGCGGCCGACCGCAGGGUGAUGAUUGGAGCCAGUCGGGACCUUCUGAGAAGCUUGUACAACUGUGACCUCUACUUUCUAGAGAGUUAUAUGAAACCUCAGCCGGUAAAUCACACCACCGAUAAGCUUUUCCGUCGAGGAGCCAGCAAAGCCUUAUGCUCCCCCCCGGUGUGCGAUGCCUUCAGCCCCAGCGAGGCGAACAUCGAAGAAGGAGAGUGCAUUCGGAGGUGCGCUUCCUUGAACUUGACCCUGGCUACUGAAUCUUGCCGUGAGAGAAGGCACGUGGCUAUUAAGACAGUUCGAGUCCCGGAGGUAGGUGACCUUAGGGCACUGGUUGAGGACCCUCGACUCAACCUGAAGGUUAUCCAGCUGGUGAGAGACCCACGGGGCAUCAUGGCCUCCCGGAUGGAAACAUUCCGAGACACUUAUCGACUGUGGAGGAUCUGGAGGGCGACGGGUCGGAAACCUUACAAUCUCGACCUGACACAGCUUACCACAGUGUGCGAUGACUUCCACGGUUCGGUAUCCACAGCAAUGAGCAGGCCCACAUGGCUGAGAGGAAGGUACAUGCUGGUUCGAUAUGAGGACCUAGCUCGGAAUCCGCUUCAAAAGACCAAGGAAAUUUACGAGUACUUGGGUGUGCCUAUGGACAAGAAUGUGGUAGACUGGAUACAGAACAACACCAGAGGAAGUAAUGAUGUUUUGUCGAAACACAAGUACGGCACUGUGAGAGAUUCGGCAGCCAACGCGGAGAGCUGGAGAUUGAAACUGUCGCAUGACAUAGUUGAUUACACUCAAACUGUUUGUCAGCACAUUCUACAGGAGCUGGGUUACAAGGCGGUCAGUUCAGCCGAGGAACUGAAAAACAUGUCUCUAACUCUUAUUGAGGACAAAACUUUUGUACCCUUUUUGUAA